CUAGUCAACCAACCCCGGCCACUUCCAUUCUCCGUUUUACAGACCAGAUAGUUAUUCUUCUCUUCGUUUCCCAGACAGAGAACGGAUAGAGGAGGAUUCCAGAGGGACGGAGAGCGCGCAGAUUCCUGGAGACGAGGCUAUUCUCCUGAAACACCACAAAGCUUAAUCAAAGAACGCUCAGAUUCGGAAGCAGCAUCAAAGCACAUCGAAAAAGAUCUACUAGGGAGGAAAAAAUACAUCUAGAGAAGAAAUAUAGGAAAAUAUGCUCCAGAUUAAACUCAGAAAGCCAUCCAAUGAGAUUGGGGGUGCUGUGAAGCCCUUACCUUCUGAUAGUGUUACUGUUGCAUGCCCUGAUCACCUAGUCUUAGCGGAUCUUCCAGUUGCAAAGAGCCUUGGUUUGACCAGUGGCACAACCAGCUUAAAAGUUGUUGGUCGCAAAUCCCGUCGUCAGCUUGGAGAGCGAGUGCAUUUCUGUGUUCGUUGUGAUUUUCCCAUCGCUAUCUAUGGGCGUCUGAGCCCAUGUGAUCAUGCAUUCUGUCUAGAUUGUGCACGGAGUGACUCCCUCUGCUACCUCUGCGACGAACGUAUUCAGAAGAUUCAAACGAUUAAAUUGAUGGAGGGGAUUUUCAUCUGUGCAGCUCCGCACUGUAUUAAGUCAUUCCUGAAGAAGAAUGAAUUUGAGGCUCAUAUUCAUGCCAAUCAUGCUGACCUUCUUCACCUGGGUGCAGCAAAAAAUCUAAAUGUGUUGGAUGCUGCCAAUACUAGAAAAACUGCAGCCUCAGAAUCCACUGUUCAAGCACCUUUUAGGUCCACCUUCUCUCCCAGUACAGGGUCCCAGGCUUAUGAUCGUGAAGAUAAAACUCAACAUAUGUCAACAAAGCUCACAUCACCACCCAUCGGGAAUAUUCAGAAACAUCAAACAGAGCAGAGUGCUGAUAAUAAUCCUCCACCUGGUUUUGAGAGGUCUGGUCCUCAGAAUCAAUUUUCUCAGCAGACUCUUGAGUCACAGGGUGGGUUGAGACAAGAACCGGGUCAGUUUCAAGAGAAGCAAGAAGGCGCUGUUGGGGGCUCUUCUUUUCCUGAAUACUCUGUUAAUGUUCCUCAACGUCAUAGUUUUAUGCCUCCCGCUCAAUUUGGUUAUCCUCAUUUUUUACCCGAACCAUUUUAUGGAUCUCCAUAUGAUAUGAGAAGGCCAGACUCGGUGGCAGAUGCUGGUUCUGAGCAAGGAGCAUUACUGAGUUUUCCAUUAGGACAUGCAGGGGCUGUGAAUUUUGCUGGAGUUUACCCUCGAUCAUGGAAUAUGAUGCAGGCUGUUGGGCCGUUUGAUGUUCCUGCAGUUCAUGGAUUCUUGGAUGGUUUCAUGAAUGUGCAUGAUUCUACUCCUCAGCAACGACGAAGUGCAUUCUUUCAAGGAAGUUCUGCAGCUUUGCCCUUAAAUAUGCCACAUGCCUCCUCUUCAGCUAACACAGGAUUAGAAACUGGACAAGGUGAUUAUUCCAUGGAUUCCAGGCAUAGGAAGACUAAUUUGUCUCAACCUACACUUCUCCCACCACCACCUCCUCCUCUGCCUCCCCAUAUGCACCAGCUUCAAAGAGAUGCAACGGACAGAAGGCUCUAGGAGAGGGGAACGAAGCAGACAGAGGAUGGAAGCCUGUCCUCUUUGUUGAGUACGAAGCGGAAGCAAAGCUCUCCUUGUGAGGCGCGACCAACACUGAGCCAAGGAGAGGACUGAACCGUGAGAUCAGAAGCUGUACAAAGAAGUGUGUCUCAGAUUAUUCAACACAAAGAUAAUGAGUAGAGGCGCUAAACAAAAAGAUCUACAGGGGUAUUGCUCUCAUUCUCUAGGUUUACGAACUAGGAUUGUAGCUUACAACUCUGAUUUUGUAAUUUUGUUUGUUGAAUAUCUGAAUUUGGUGUGUUUUGCUCAAGAAAUGGCUUUGUGUUGCGCUUAAGCCUCCGUUGUUUUCUUUGUUGAAUCUCUGACUUUGUAGUGUGUGUUUGUUGAAUCUGAAAUUUGGUACGUU